UCUAGUUGGCUCUUAAGCCAACUUUCUUUGGAAGAUAGCAGUGAGGGGAGGAAAGAAGGGGCGGUGGGCAGGUGAAAGAGCAAACUGGGCGCUUCCUCGGGGACUCGAGGUCGCUGCUGCCUUGUCCAUUCUCCUUUAGGACCGAGGAGGGAAACGGCUUGCGUUUGUCCUUUAGUUUGCAUUCGCUGCCUUCGAUUACUGUCUGAGGGAAAGGAGCGGUGGACAGUGGAGCGCUGCGUGCGGGUGCUCGCUGGUACCCAGCGGUCCGAGGCUAGUGGGUCUAAGGGGCAGGAGGAAGGAAGGGGGAGCUGCUCCUCUUCUCGGAAGAGGGCGCUGCCUUCCCUCCUGUCGCUGCAAGGCUCUCCGAGGCUAAGGGAGAAGCUCAAGCGUCGGGUCGCCUUCAGCGCCUGGGCAGAGAAUGCAGUUGGGAGAACCGCUCCUAGCGAGCGCUGUCCACUUGCCCAGCGCUCACUUCUACCCUCUGGAGAGCGCGAGCGCGAGCGGCAGCAGUGGCGGCGGGCCCCACCACGGCGCCGGCUCCCCGGCCCAGAGGCUGGACGUGGACAAAGGGCAGAAAAAGUUCCGAGCCGGCCUCGCCUGCGAAGCUGCUCGGGAGCCCGCCUCGUCCACCGGCGGGGCCGCCCCUCCGGGCAUGCUGAGCGACACCGACGCCGCGGACACCUUCUCCAGCGCUGCCGCCGUGGCUAAGCCGGGCGCCCCGGACGGCCGCAAGGGCUCUCCGUGCGGGGACGAGGAGCUGCCCUCGGCUGCCGCGGCGGCGGCGGCUGCAGCGGCGGCGGCGGCGGCGGCGGCCGCUGCGCGCUACCCCAUGGACAGCCUGAGUCCGGACCGCUACUACCUGCAGUCGCCGGGGCCGCCGCAGGGCGCCGAGCUGGCUGCGCCCUGCUCCCUCUUCCCUUACCCGGCGGCAGCGGCGGCUGCGGCGGCGGCCCAGCACGGCUCAGUGUACCCGGCCCCCAACGGCGCACGCUACCCCUAUGGCUCCAUGCUGCCCCCCGGAGGCUUCUCGGCCGCCGUGUGCUCUCCCGGGAGGGCGCAGUUCGGCCCCGGCGGCCCUGGUGGCCCCAGCGGCGGCGGGCCUGGCGGCGGGCCCGGCAGCUAUCAGUACGGUCAAGGCGGCCCCGGCGCGCUCUAUGGCCCCUACCCGGGGGGAGCCUCAGCCUCCGGCUCCUGCGGCGGCCUCGGCAGCCUUGGGGUGCCGGCCGCUGGCCUGCGCGCUCAGGUCUACCUCUGCAACCGGCCCCUGUGGCUCAAGUUUCACCGGCACCAGACGGAGAUGAUCAUCACGAAGCAGGGCAGGAGGAUGUUUCCUUUCCUAAGCUUCAACAUUAAUGGGCUCAACCCCACAGCCCACUACAACGUGUUUGUGGAGGUGGUGCUGGCUGACCCCAACCACUGGCGCUUUCAGGGGGGCAAAUGGGUGACGUGUGGCAAGGCUGACAACAACAUGCAGGGCAACAAAAUGUAUGUUCACCCUGAGUCUCCCAACACUGGCUCACAUUGGAUGAGGCAGGAAAUCUCCUUUGGAAAACUGAAACUUACCAAUAACAAAGGUGCUAAUAACAACAACACCCAGAUGAUAGUUCUGCAGUCUCUUCACAAGUACCAACCCCGGCUUCACAUAGUAGAAGUGACUGAGGACGGUGUGGAAGACCUUAAUGAUUCCUCCAAGACCCAGACAUUCACUUUCUCUGAGACCCAGUUCAUUGCUGUGACAGCUUACCAGAACACUGAUAUCACCCAGCUGAAGAUUGACCACAAUCCAUUUGCAAAAGGUUUCAGAGACAACUAUGAUUCCAUGUACACCGCUUCCGAAAAUGACAGAUUAACUCCAUCUCCCACGGAUUCUCCUAGAUCCCAUCAGAUUGUACCAGGAGGCCGAUAUGGAGUUCAGUCUUUCUUUCCUGAGCCUUUCGUCAACACUUUACCUCAAGCAAGAUACUAUAACAGUGAGAGAACCGUCCCACAGACCAAUGGUCUCCUUUCUCCCCAGCAAAGCGAAGAGGUCUCCAACCCUCCCCAGAGAUGGCUCGUGACUCCUGUGCAGCAGCCAGGGGGCAACAAACUGGAUAUAAGUUCCUAUGAAGCCGAGUACACUUCCAGCACCUUGCUGCCCUACAGCAUUAAAUCCCUGCCCCUCCAGACAUCCCAUGCUCUGGGCUAUUACUCUGACCCAUCCUUUUCUGCAAUGGCAGGCUGGGGAGGCCGAGGCUCUUACCAGAGAAAGAUGGCUGCUGGGCUACCAUGGACAUCCAGAACCAGUCCUCCUGGUUUCACUGAAGAUCAGCUUUCCAAAGAGAAAGUCAAAGAAGAAAUUAGCUCUUCCUGGAUAGAGACCCCCCCUUCCAUAAAGUCUCUAGAUUCAAAUGAUUCUGGGGUGUAUACUAGUGCUUGCAAGAGAAGGCGGCUGUCUCCCAGUACCUCCAGCAAUGAAAAUUCCCCAUCGAUAAAGUGUGAGGACAUAAACACAGAAGACUACAGCAAAGACACUUCAAAAGGCAUGGGCUACUAUGCUUUCUAUACAAGUCCCUAAAGCAUUACAUUCCUCCUAUAAAACGGGCCAGUUUUUAAAGGUGGACUUGGUGUAUGUGCUUGGGCUUUUUCUUUGUUUUGUUGUUUUGUUUUGUUUUGUGUUGUUUCUGGUUUUGUUGUGUUGGUUGGGUUGGGUUGGGUUUUGCCUAGGUUGCCAAAAAGACUUUUGCCUCCCACCUUAAAGCUUACUUACCGUGUGGUGCAAUUCUUUGUAGAAGGUGCCAAAGCUCUUUGAUUGCUGCAGCUAAUGGGAACCAGCCUAGUAGCUUAUUUUUUUUAAGUGUGAUCAAUUAAUGGCUUAUACAAAUUUUACAUUUUAACUCUCAAGGAUACUCAAGGUUCUGGUUUUAACCACAUGGCAUAUUUAUUGGACACACUAAACCUUCAAUGAGGUGGACUAGGGGCCUCUGAGGGUGGGUUGUCUGGAUCAAGUUCUGGGAACCAACUUGCAGCCAGCCCUCAUUUCUCAUUCAAAAUCUCUAAGCAAAUCAGAGCAGAGAGUAUGGCAAAGGCUUUCCAGUUCUGGAGGAGCAGAGGUAGACUUCAUGAUUUAGCUGAGGUCUUUGGCACAGCAGAGCUAUUAAAAUGCUUUUCCUGAGGAUGGUGAGAUCCAAUGCCUGGGACAGGAGCAGCCCUUUGGUUGAACCUAGGCCAUUCCUCUGUCGCUCUUGGGCCUCCAGAGCUAGCCUGAUUUGCUUCAGCACGUGACUGCCGCACUUAAGAAAAGCUAAACCCGUUGGCAUUAAAAGAGCCCUGUGGGAAAGGAGGAGGUCACCAAAAAUAGAGAAUUAAAAGUGUACAGUCGUGUGUGUCUAGGUACACUGUAGAAUACUGUGGAAUAUCUUGUACAAAUAGUCUACAUAGGAGUCCCGCUAAGAUCAUGUAAAGUUGGUGCUUUGGCCUUGUAAAAGAUUUUCAAAAUACUGGAGGCAAGAGGCCUGAUUUUUGAGGGGAGUGGGGUUCAAUGCUCCCCCUUUUCAGUACUUGGGAAAAUAAUCAACCUGGUUACUUUGUAGGUAGGAAAGAAUGUAUUUUUCAGCUCCCCUGUACUAACUUGAAAAUGUGUUUAAAAAUAACAACAAACAAAACUUCAAUUUCACAUUUCCCCCCCUUUUUGGUGAUGUUAUAAACUUCAAAGCCAGUGCACCAGUAUGAAGGCUUUUUAGAUAUCUUGGUUUUUGUAUGUACAGUCAAGGGCAUUUUUAAUAAAUGUGGUGCAUUAGGGGGAA